AUGUCAGCUUCAACCCGCAUGGCACAACCUGCCUGCAAUCCUUCCAAUGAGCUUCAUCUAAAGUCUCGCUCUGAUUUAACGGCUACUCAAGCCGAAGAGCUGGCUGCUCAGUUCCGCAUCAGCGACACUGAUGAAAGCGGAACUAUUGACGAGCGAGAAUUUCGUGCAUUGCUGACCCGCAUGGGGCUCCAGAUUAGCGCUGCGGAGAUUGACGCUCUUGUGGCUAACAUUGAUGCCAAUGGUGAUGGCCUCUUAGACUAUGCCGAGGUUGUGCAGAUGAUCAUCCAGCUUCAGUCCGGCAACGUAAAGUUUAAGGCGCUGGAAAAGCUUCUGGAUGCAUUAAACACAACGCCAUUAGCGCUACUGGAACGGGAAGCAGCCAGAUACAAUUUACAGAUGCAGCUGGAGCUUGUGGGCAAAGUAUGCGGUCCGGCGGGCAGAGAUUCUAUCAAAGCUACAGGUGCAACAAUACGAGAAGCCAAGUUUAAUGCUGCAAAAAUUGCACUGAAGAAGAUUCAAAAUUUGCCACCUGGGCUGGUCGGUCCACCAGGAGAACUUCCCGAGCAGUGGGAAAAAUGGUUGUUUGAUAACAUAGAGAGAGGAGCUAGUCUCAAGAAAUUAAUGCAAACAUUGGUUAAGAAAGGAUUCAGGUUGACAACAAACCUGGCUAUAAUGCAAAAGAUCUCGACUAGGGCAUCAUCAUAUCGACUACGGACUAAGCGAAACGCACCAAGUAGUAUUUACGGAACUGAAUCCACCAAAUCUUAUGUACUAAACAGUUCUGACACUCCGAAUCUGGAAUCCCCUGGCACGUCACCGCGCACAAAGCGUAAUAUCUCUAAAGUGGAGAAACUACCGUCAUCUACAGUGCAAGUGCUGCACCCUCAGUGGGCUUUCUGGUGCCAACAGGAGCUUGAUCGAGGAAUUGAUGGUACUUUUGUUUUAAACGAGCUGGUGGCGCAAGGUUUUAACUCGAAAAAAAAUCCUCUGUUCACUCAGCGGCUUCUUCGCACUUUUAAAAGCCGCGACGACUGUUGCAGCAACGGUGCUACAUCUCUUUGUACUACAGUGUCAAAACCAUUCUCUUUUUUGCACGUUCUGGAACAAGGUAUCUUGCACGAAAUUGAGCUAUUUGUUUUUGGUGGGCAAGACGUGAAUGCUUCUCUGCUUGAUGUCGCUACUAACUUGAAGCAAUCGCCGCUGCAUAUCGCUUGCAAAAACGGUUUCGGCUCAAUUGCAAAGCUGCUGCUUAAGCAUGGCGCUCAUGUCGAUCAGCUUGAUUCGUUUCAUCGCACUCCAUUGAUGGUUGCUGCACGAUCUGGUCACAGCGAAACAGCGGCUCUACUGCUGGAGAAUAAUGCUGACAUAUAUCAGCUAGAUAACUUAAAGAACUCAGGUCUGCAUUGGGCUGCGUUCAGUGGAAGCUCGACAAUCACCUCACAACUGCUACGCGCACACGAUGACGCUUUCCGAUUAUUCAUUACGAAUCUACCGCAACGACGUGGCGUUUGCUACAAGCAACUGCUGCAAAAUGCGUACGAAAUCACUAUGGACAACAAAUUGCAGGAAAAUGAAACUCGUCGAUAUCACUAUACGUGGUUGUUUGAAUCCGUACAAUGGCUACACAAGGAGAUUUUGAAUGAAAAAUCGGACGAUUCUCGAUUUUGCAAGAUGCCAGCUCCACAAAAACCAUUCAUGGACUACCUUAUUUUGCAAUAUCAUUCAAAGCUUUUAAAUAGUGGCAUUCGUGAAGCCGACGGAAAUGAGAACAAGAGAGACUCAAACAGAAAACAAGCAAGACACUGCAAGGAAGGCAAUUUGGCAGACUGGCUGUCGUUAUCUGAGAUGGGUUUCUUUUUAGAUACGUAUCUGCGAGAUGUGUACAAGCACCAAGCGAAUCUCCAGGGUCGCACGGCAUUGCACUUAGCAUGUGAUGAAAAUUUGGUGUGUACUCAUGAAAGGGUGAUUCAGUGUCUUGCAGAAAGACAUGGAAGUAGUCCGUUCUCACUAGAUCACAGUAGUCAGACUCCCAUUCAGCUUUUGUUAGCUUGUCGAGGUCGACCGGGUAGUCCGAAAGGAGAUGCGAAAAUGGAGUGUAGCAUACUACAGCAGCGAAUAAAGCGUGGUCAUACGAACAAAGAAAAUCGUGACAAGAAACGUCUUACUCUUCGCCGAAAAGCUUGGCUUGAGGAAAUAAAUCGAGUGGCUAAAGAAUUUAACAAACCGGAGACCUUAAAUCGUAUGCACAAGCAUGUUCAGGAGAAGAAUAGUAUGGCCGUGGCUCAUGGCGCUGUCUGGAUUGUCCACAAAGAGCCACAAAGCCAAAAUACUGUCUUUGAGCAUAUUCAAAGUGGAUUUGUUCAGCGUCAGGUGCCAGCUCAGCUCGUAGAAGAAGGUCGCACUCAGCUUGGCUGGAAAGAAAAGAUGGGGAUGAAUGCUCGCUUCACUGAACGCAAUCAGCUGCAUCCAGAGUGGGAACUCUAUUGCAUUAACGGCACUGACAUUAACUUCUUUUUUAAUCGCGAUACAAAGAUUUGUCAGUGGGUGUUACCCGAGGGGUUAUCAGUUCAGGAUUGGCGGACAAAACGAAUUUUUGAGAGUGCAGAACAGCUCAAAGAUGAGUCAGACCAAGCUAGCCUUACUAUUCAGUUUUCUGGGUUCGCAUCUGCAGCAAUUGUUGAAGAUGCUGUGAAAGGCCGAAUGCUUGGGAGCUGGCGUGAAUGUGUGGGAUUCGGUGGUAUCACAUUUUACCUCAACACUCUUGACAACCGAAUUUUUGUUGAAAAACCCGAGGAAGUGCUUUUGCAUGAAAGUUACCGAUAUGCUCAUGUCUUGAUUUCAGAUCGUAGCGAAGUGAUUGAAGUUCAUGAUCGAGGCUGGCAUCACUAUCAUGAUCCACAGACAUCAUAUACUUAUUACUAUAAUGAACUAUCUGGAGACUGGGUAGAUGACACAACUGUAACAAAGGCGUUUCUGGAUCAAAUUCGACUUCCAAAGCUUCAAGAAAAGGCUGUUACCUCGAUUGAAGAAUUACGUCGCCAUCAAGAGGAAGAAGAAUGGAAACUAGCGCUGCAACGAGCCCGUAAACACGACAGAGAUUCUCAAAUUGCAAGCGAAGUCAAUCUCAAGGCAUCAGCGCAGCAACACCAAGAGGAUGAAGAGCUCGAAUCUACUUUGCGUCAUUUGAAAGCCAGUGUCACUAUGGAGCAUCUAUCAACUCAGUAUGACGAUUUUCAUGCGGAAGCCAAAAGUUAUCAAAAUUUAUACGAGAAGCACACGAUCGAAGACGGUAAAAAUACAAGGUGUAGAAGCCCGACGUAUGUCGACACGCGAUUCCGUCAAGAGCGCAAAGUCUACAUCUGGGCUAGAAAAAAUAAUUUACUGACCUCAAUUGAUCCAGCACGCAAGGAUACCUGGCUUGUAAGUAAACGAAGCGAGGAGAUAGAGGAUGACCUGAAUGUGGCUGAGCUUGAGAACGCUAGGCUUGAGGACACUGACGACAAGCCUGCGAUACGAGAGCGGCGUCGUGUCAGUCGAAUAUUGACGCGUACUGAAGAGCGUUUUCGUUUGGGACUAGCACUGUGUCGCUGGGGUUGCGAAGUAUGGCUUCCACGUGGGCUUACUCUCGAACGACACGAGUGUGCGGAAUGUCCACGAAGGCUUAUGAUUUGCCGCUUAGGUUGCUCACAAAUUAUGGAGCACCAGCAGUGGCGCGAGGUUAUAUAUGAUCACGAGUCUGAGAACAAUGAGCAAUGCUCACAUCGUAUCGUGUUUUGCCCGCGAGAAUGUGGGGUGUGGUUACCACACUUUGAAUUGGAGGAGUCGCAUUUCAAAAAUCUGUGUGUCAAAAGGCCCGCUGGAAAUUUACAUUGUCGACUGGGAUGCGGCCAAGUGUAUCGAGGAGGAUCAAAUGAGCUGCUAACUCUGGAACAGAUACGUAUCGCUCAUGAAGAAGAUGAUUGUGAAUUACGUAAGGUUAAGUGUACGUGGCCCAAAUGUGACGCGAUGAUUUUGGCAAACGAACGUAAAAAUCACCGUCGUGCCCACUUGCUAUCGUCUGGAAUAUCUAACUUUGUGACUGCUGCAGUGCACGAAUACAAGGUCCCUCGUGACGUAAAGCAGCUAAAGCUUCAAGCUUGGGGUGCAGGAGGUGGUAGUGGACUCUUGCGCAAUCAUUUUGUAGGCCACGGUGGUGGCGGCGCGUUUGUUGAAGGAAUCUGCCCGGUCUAUUCCGGAGAAAUACUUUACUUUUCAAUUGGGUCAGGAGGCGCUGGGGGCAAAUUUGCUCGUAUGGUUGAGCAACCAGAUGAUGAGAGAUAUGAUUUUCAGAUUGGCGAGAAGAGCAAAAAAGUACCUGGUGGCGUUCUUGUCUCCGCUCAAGUGUCUACAGCAAUGGGGGGACAUCCUGGUGGCGGUUGUGGACAUAGUGGCAAUAAGGAAUCGGCCUGUGGUGGUGGAGGAGGCUUUACGAGUGAUGACAUUCGUUGUGGUCGUCCGGGUGAAAAUGCUGCUGGUGGAGCUGCUGGAAUGUGCGAUGAGUACAAUCCUAUCUGCAAAUUUGUUGGUAAAAAUGGAUCAUCGAUGCUUGGUGGUGAUGGUGCUGAAUUUGGAGGAGGUGGAGGUGGAGGGCUUUUUGGUGGGGGCGGCGGGGGAUUUUCGCCGGGAAUUGCCGGAGGAGGUGGCGGAGGAUCUAGCUAUGUAAAUACUGAUCUCUUGGUCGCGAAAAGUAUUCGUGUUGAAUCGGGUAAAGUCAUUUCGCCUGGUGGGAUGAAUGAAAAUCCACCACAAAGUGUACGAGAUGCUUAUUGGGAUGUAGUCGAUGGGAGUGUAGGCCAGGGUGGGACCGGAUCAACGCGAGAAACUGCGUGUGGCAAUCAUGGUGGAGUACGGAUCGCAAGACCUGGGUUUUUUGACGACAUGAAACGCCAUCGUUAA